UAGAGAGAGAGGGGGGGAGGACAGCGCUGAUUCACGGCUUGCAGGAGGACGGGCUCACUGGAUCCAUCUCCUAUCUUAAAAUACCGAGCCCCCCUCCAACGCCCCCUUCCUCCCCCUCCUCCUCCUCCUCCCUCGUCACUGACAGCUUUGCGACCCGGUCAAUCCGUCAGACAGGGAGGAUCCGGGGAGGAGGGCGCCGAGGCACGAGAGGACGAGAGGACGAGAGGCGAUCACCUCUGGACGGUUUGAUCCAAUCGCCGAUACCGAGCAGGCUGGGGACCUGCCUCUCUACAUGAGGACGACACAGGGGCUUCACCGGGGGGGUUUAGUCCGAGGAGGACGUUUGGCUCAACAGAUCCAAACAGCGGGAUUAUAAUAAGACUGUUUCGGGAGAACGUUGAGAAAGGGGGCGGACAGGAAAUCUAUCGCAGUGUGACCGUUCACUCCCCGGAAUACAAAAUCCAGGUGGUGGGUGGAGAAACGGCACAGCUCAGUGCUGGAUCCCAGAGGGACUAUCAGUGUGGUAAGGACCCUUGAGACGAAGGAGGGUGCAUGGAGGGUUCAAGGCCUGUAAACCCGGGGUCGUCAACCGGCCUCUGGUUGGGGCUGGUCUCUGUGACUGUAGCCUUCCUUUGUACAGAGGCCCGGACCACCCCGAGCCCUCUGCUGACCCCCAGCAAUGCCACCUGUGAGGGGAACUCAAAGUGCAGACCCGGGAUUAUCCUUCCCAUCUGGUACCCCGAGGACCCCUCCAUGGGGGACAAGAUCGCGCGGGUCAUCGUUUACUUUGUGGCCAUGAUCUACAUGUUCCUGGGAGUGUCCAUCAUUGCCGACCGCUUCAUGGCGGCGAUCGAGGUCAUCACGUCCCAGGAGAAGGAAAUUAUCAUCAAAAGGCCCAAUGGGGAAACGACCACCACCACAAUCCGGGUUUGGAAUGAGACGGUGUCGAACCUCACCCUCAUGGCCUUGGGCUCGUCCGCCCCUGAGAUCAUGCUCUCUGUAAUCGAGGUUUGUGGACAUGGGUUUGAAGCCGGCGAGCUCGGGCCGGCAACGAUUGUUGGCAGCGCAGCCUUCAACAUGUUUGUCAUCAUCGGCAUCUGUGUGUCGGUCAUUCCCCAAGGAGAGGUACGCAAAGUCAAACACCUCAGAGUGUUCUUUGUCACGGCGGGCUGGAGCAUCUUUGCAUACAUCUGGCUCUACAUGAUCCUGGCUGUGUUCUCUCCAAACGAGGUCCAGGUGUGGGAGGGUCUGCUCACCCUGGCCUUCUUCCCCAUAUGUGUGAUCUUAGCCUGGAUCGCAGACAGACGACUGCUCUUCUACAAGUUCAUGCACAAGAAGUACCGCACCGAUAAGCACCGGGGGGUCAUCAUCGAGACGGAGACCGAGCGCACCAAGGGCAUCGAGAUGGACGGCAAGAUGGUCAACUCUCACUUCAUGGACGGCGGCGGCGCGGCCAGCAAUCUCAUCGGCUUGAUCGAGACCAAAGAAGUGGACGAGUCCCGACGGGACAUGAUCCGCAUCCUGAAGGACCUCAAGCAGAAGCAUCCGGAGAAAGAGUUGGAUCAGCUGGUCGAGAUGGCCAACUACUACGCUCUGUCGCAUCAGCAGAAGAGCCGCGCCUUCUACCGCAUCCAGGCCACUCGCAUGAUGACGGGCGCUGGGAACAUCCUGAAGAAGCACGUCGCGGAGCAGGCGAAGAAGAGCACCAGCGUGCAGGAGGUGCACGUCGAGGAGCCCGAGGAGUACGUGUCUCGGAUUGCGUUCGAGCCUGCCGUCUACCAGUGCCUGGAGAACUGCGGCGCCGCCAUUCUGACCAUCACCAGGAAGGGCGGGGACAUCAACAAGACGAUCUAUGUGGAUUACAAGACGGAGGACGGCUCGGCCAACGCUGGGGCGGACUACGAGUUCUCAGAGGGGACGGUGGUCUUCAAACCCGGAGAGAUGUUCAAGGAAAUCAGCAUCGGCAUCAUUGACGACGACAUCUUUGAAGAAGACGAGCACUUCUUCGUCAGGGUCAGUAACCUCCGCAUCCUGGAGACCGAGGACGAGGUGCUUUCUGCCAACAGUCUCCCCUACCCGAAGGCCAUGCUGGGCUUCCCCACCGUCGCCACCGUCACCAUCCUGGACGACGAUCACUCGGGGAUCUUCACCUUUGAGAGCGGCGCGGCUCACAUCAGUGAGAGCAUCGGCGUUAUGGAAGUGAAAGUGAUAAGGACUUCUGGAGCGAGGGGGACGGUCAUCGUGCCUUAUCACACCGUGGAAGGACUCGCCAAAGGAGGAGGAGAGGACUUUGAGGACACCUACGGGGAACUGGAGUUCAAGAACGACGAGACCUGGUAAGACAGCAACACUUUACUUUGAAUGCUUGUUGGUGGUUGAUUUGAUAUUUGUGUUGCCUUUUUCAAAAUCCACAAAGAUUAUUGAAGUUCAGUUUCAUAUUUUCUGUUUUCCUUCUGUCGAUUUGUGCUUCAGAAAAGUGAAAAGCUGUUUGAUGCUGAUAAACAGGAUGUGAUUGUUUAGCUUAGCGUCUCAGUCUGUGAAUACUUUUUGUUGAGGAAAUUACUAAGAACUUGACUUCACACAAUAAGACUCAGUAGACUCAGAUGGCUUAUGUUGAUGAAAGUUUAUACAAGAAUACUCAGAGCAGAGAUGGAGUAGCAAGCACACGUCUGAUGCUGUGUCCCUGCUAUCCCAAUUCUCCCAAACUCUUCGACAGACUUUGAAUAUAUAGAAAAUACAUUAUUGACGUCAGAGUCACACUGACCUAAACUAAUCUGUGAUAACAAUUUGGAACAGACACUAAGUCUUCC